AUGGAGUCGCCCGCUGGCAGACGGCUCGAUGCCUCCCCCUCCCCCUCUCCCAUACAUCACCUCGGCAUGACGCGCCGUUUCGCACACGCCGUUGCCUCGCGCUUGACCCGUCGACGGUUUAUAGCCAAUCUCGCCUCCCGCUUCGCCAACCGACGGUUCGCCUUUGCUGUCGCAACCGUCGCCAUCUUCAGUGCCAAGGGCGUUCACAUCUACACACAUCUGUCUUCACUGCCGCUGGUUCACCUGGUGCGGUGGGGAUAUUCAUUCUUUGCGCAGGAUGUCAUGCUGCUCAUCCUUGUCCGGCUGCUGCUUGACCCGUGGUUGACGGAAGGCUCUGGGUGGUUGCGCACUACCACAAUGACUCUGGCGUCUGUAAUUAUCACAUAUCUCAUCACCGUAGGGGUUGUGACAGUGACAUUCUUUGCCGUCUGUGGCUCCGAGAUCCACUGGCGCAACAUUGGCUUGGCUGGUGAUGCCUCCUCCUUUGCCAUGUUUCUCUCCGGCCUUGCGUCAUUAAUCCUAGUCCUGUUCACCGUUCUCUUUGUCGCAUGCAUCUUGCAAGACAUCUGCUACGUAACCGCCGGCGUGGCUACCGAUAUUCUCAAGUGGCCUAUUAACUUCGCCUUGCGCCGAUCGUCGCCCACCGCCUACUCUCAGGUACCUCAACUUGACGUUGAGCUUGCCAGCACAUCCGACGAUCUGGACGACGACGAAUUCUGCGGCAUGAAGAGCAAGACAUCGGCAGUUGUUCUGAAGCGAUUGCUAUACCUCUUCAUCGGCUUGGCACUCCUUACACAUGUUGUCAUGGUUUUGAUACGCCCGAAUGAGAGUGCCAUGAAUUUCUUGUCAUGGACACCUGCCCUCCUCCCUUUCAUCGACUUCACAUUCUCCUCUCCCAGCCUUGAUCAUCUGAAGCCCAUCUACGGAUCCAGCAUUGGCCACUCCUGGGACAACAUCACUGCUCUGACCGACCCUGUUGAUUUGCCUUGGCUGCCUCAGAGACAUGUCCCCGGAUUUGGAGACUGGUAUAAGAACAACAAGCAUUACAACGCUGCUGCAGACCCUCUCAAGAUUUCCAACUUCAAUGACGAUCUUCUUCCGGCGCUCAAGGAUAAGCUUGCCGAUGUGCCGAUUCGCCAUGUCAUGCUCAUCCUUCUCGAAAGCACGCGAAAGGAUGUUUUCCCCAUCAAGAAGGAUGGCCUUAUCUGGGAGCGACUGGCCAACUCGUUUAGCAACAAGACUUUACCUGACGAGGCUCAAGCCAUGCUGGCUGGUCUCACUUCCAACGCCAACUUCAUUACCGGCGACUACGAUGAUGGGUUUGAGCACGAAACUAAGAAAAGGCGAGGCGGUAUCAACUUUAACAACGUCUUCACCACCGCUACCUAUACCAUCAAGAGCAUCGUUGGCACAAUGUGUGGCCUCACGCCCCUCAUGGCAGAUUUCAAUUUGGAGUACCUCCACCACUUUUAUCAGCCGUGCCUACCCCAGGUCUUUGACGCCUUCAAUAAAAUAGAUGAGGAGGAUCUUGGCAGCGAGAGGAGUGAAGAUUUUACGUCUUUCAAAUGGCAGUCCACCUUCAUGCAAUCUGUCACCAAAAAUUAUGAUAGAUAUGUGCCUCUUCUAUCCAAGAUGGGUAUUGCUCCCGAAAAUCUCGUCUCCAAGGAAUAUCUCAAGAGCCGAUUUGCCAAGUUUGGUCCCGUGGAUCAGCCAGAUAUCAACUAUUUCGGUAUGGCUGAUGUCGUCGUUGAGGACUACAUCCGAGACGCCUUUGUACAAGCCAAGAAGAAUAACGAGCGAGCCUUUGUCACACAUCUAACCAGCACGAGCCACCAUCCGUUCGCAAUUCCAGCCGAAGAGAAGUAUACGCCUUUAGGAAAUGGCUUGGACGACAUUUCCCACUAUCUCAAUGCCAUCGGCUACGACGACCGAUGGUUGGGCAAGAUUAUGAAUAUUCUGGAUGAGGAGGGUGUUGCAGAUGAGACUCUUGUUGUUUUUGUUGGUGACCAUGGAGUGUCUAUGCCCGAAAACAACAUCUUGGCGCCUUACUAUAACCCCAACAUUGGCACACUACGUGUUCCUCUGGUCUUUUCACAUCCCAAACUACCGGCAAUCGAUGUCAACGACGCUGUCAUCUCCUCACAAAUCCUCCCUACCAUUCUUGACCUCCUCCGCGAAACUGGAUCGCUUUCCAAGUCGCACACACAGGCCGCUUCCGACUUGGUCCAAAACUACGAAGGCCAAUCGCUCAUCCGGCCUGUUCACACAUCCUCCAACGAAACCGGCCAGGGUAACUGGCAAUUUACCGUCGUCAAUCCAGGCCGCGCGAUGCUGAGCAUCCGCGACACCCGUCAGCCGGAUUGGCACCUCAUCGUGCCCAUCAUCGACAACGUCGAGUGGCAGUUUACGAAUCUAAUGAAUGACCCGACGGGAGCGCAGACCCUGCUCGGGUUCGACUUUGUUAAUUUCUUGUACAGCGUUGAGAAAUCUCACGGCGUCGAUGCCGCAAAAUGGGCCGAAGAAGCUGCAUUUAUGGCCCGGUGGUGGGUCGAAGAGAAUGGGAAGCGAUGGCGUUAUGGUCCCUAUGCCAACUAA